AUGAAUAUUUUUAAUGCUAGAUGUUGUCUCUUAACUUUAUUUUUUUUUCUUUUCGAAAAAAAAUUUUGCAAAAAGGGUGCCGCCUUGAGUUGCGUUUUUUCCCAUGCAUAUGAGGAACGUACGGGUAGCGCAGGGACAGUUGCAUUAAGCAAUGAGACGAUUUAUUACACCCCUAGUGGGGGGCUGGCGCCGUGCUCGAUUAUCAGCAGACAGUUAAGCGGGGAUGAGGACGAUAGCGGCGAGGACGACGGCGGUGAAGAAGACAGGGGAGACGAGAGAGAUGAUGAUGGAGGCACACCCAGUUACCACUUGGACGGAGAUGCGGAUGAAUAUACAGCAGAAGAUGGAGGGGCAAAGCGAAAGAUGAGUAGGAAGGAGGAAGAGGCGGAGGAUAAAAAAAUUGACAAGUUGGUAAAUGCAGAAAUGAAAAAGCAUGAAGUGGAGGAAGAGUUCGACAAGGAUCCCGACUCAGAACCAGACAAAGAAGACCUGGGAAGUGGCCAGGGACGAAGGGAAAAGCUCAGAUGCACAAAUAAACUAAAUUACAUACAGGUGACGGCGAAUGAUGAAAGAAAGGACGACCUAUUUGGCGAGAACGACCAGGAGAGCGCCCCGGCUUUCGCGGAAAAAAUGCCCCAUAAGAUUAAGGAAGAUAUGAACAGCAUGCCAAGUAAACAAAACGAAACGGAGGAAGCAUAUGACCGUAUUGACCGAGCGGAAAAAGAAAACAAUGUGAACGACUUAAAAUUUGUGGAGGCAAGAAAUACCUACGUGCAGAAGGGAGAAGAAGAAGACAGCAAAGAUUCAACUGACCUAAUAGAGGAGCGAAAAAGAGAAAGGAGUAGUUUUAUCGACCUCAAAAAUUUGUCUGAUAAUGUGCCCCGUAAUUUUACCAACUCAUCUGGCAACUCCCUAUUCAAGAACAAUUUGGAGAAAACUGUUCAUAAGCAUUUACCCUGGUCUGUCUUGGCGUCCGACUCAGCUUCUAAUGGAGGGUCCUGGGCAGACGUCAACAGCAGUACGUAUAAUGUAAGUCCAUUCAGUUUUGUCUCAAUACAUUCUCAUAAUUCUUUGCACCUAAUGCCUAUGAAUUUUCAAGUUCAAAACUCCAUUGUGAAGAUAAGUGAUGAGGCCUUCGAUAAAUUAAAGCUUAAGAACAGUGUGCAUGUGUAUGACAAGAAUGAAUUGGUAGACUAUAAGUAUGAGAGUUUUGAGGUAAAGGAAGGGGAAGAAUAUAAUGAUGAAAAUGAAGUGCGUGAGGAAAAGGAUGAGGAGGGAGAUGCAGAUUCGAAACCAGAUCAAAACAACGCUUCGGAUGGACGUGGGUUCUUCGAUGGGACCUUGGUCACCUGCACCAUUGUCAUUUUAGUAGGUGUUAUAAUUCUUUUGCUAAGUUUUGUCAUUUAUUACUAUGACCUAAUAAACAAGGUGAAGAGGCGAAUGAGUGCAAAGCGGAAGAACAACAAAUCUAUGACCAUCGCUAAUGACAGUUCUGCGGGCAUGUACAUGGACGACACCUACAAGGAGAGUCCCCACGUUUGA